AUGCAACCACCUCAUCCAGUAUUUUGGGGAGUGUCUGAAAUGGGAUCGAGUGGCUUAUUAUCAUCUCAGCCAGCUUCUGAACAUUGGUGUUUGAUUGCUUACUUUGAAUUAGAUACUCAGGUUGGAGACAUGUUUAAGGUUUCAUCUUUUUGCCCUCAUGUCACUGUUGAUGGUUAUGUUGAUCCAUCUGGGAGUAAUCGAUUUUGUUUGGGUGCCCUUUGUAAUGUUCAAAUUACAGAACAAAGUGAAAGAGCUUGGUAA